CCCCCGUCCGCAUCCUGCGCCGGGCUCGGGGAAUGGCCAGACUCACCGAGGGCGAGGCGAGGCGGCAGCAGCAGCUCCUGCAGCCCAGAGCCUCCCCCAUGAGCAGCAGCAGCAGCAGCAGCAGCUCGGACCCCCCCGCGCAGCCGGACAGCAUGAAGGACCUGGAUGCCAUCAAGCUGUUCGUGGGGCAGAUCCCCCGCAACCUGGAGGAGAAGGACCUCAAGCCCCUCUUCGAGCAGUUCGGCAAGAUCUACGAGCUCACCGUGCUCAAGGACCGCUACACCGGCAUGCACAAGGGUUGUGCAUUUCUCACAUACUGUGCCAGAGAUUCUGCCAUCAAAGCCCAGACUGCACUACACGAACAGAAGACUUUGCCGGGGAUGGCCCGUCCAAUCCAGGUGAAGCCGGCGGACAGCGAGAGCCGUGGAGGUAGGGACAGGAAGCUGUUUGUGGGGAUGCUAAAUAAGCAGCAGUCUGAGGAUGACGUGCUCCGGCUCUUUGAACCCUUUGGGGUCAUUGACGAAUGUACCGUGCUCCGGGGACCUGAUGGCAACAGUAAAGGCUGCGCCUUUGUAAAGUUCUCGUCUCACACAGAGGCUCAAGCAGCAAUCCACGCACUGCACGGCAGCCAGACAAUGCCUGGUGCCUCCUCCAGUCUAGUCGUGAAGUUUGCUGACACCGAUAAGGAGAGGACCCUACGUCGGAUGCAGCAAAUGGUGGGGCAGCUGGGGAUUUUCACUCCGUCUCUCACCUUGCCGUUCAGCCCGUACAGCGCGUACGCGCAGGCUCUGAUGCAGCAGCAGACGACGGUUCUCUCCACGUCUCAUGGCAGCUACCUGAGCCCAGGCGUCACCUUUUCCCCAUGCCAUAUCCAGCAGAUCGGCGCCGUCAGUCUAAAUGGGCUACCGGCCACCCCGAUUGCGCCGACCUCAGGGCUACACUCGCCUCCUCUCCUGGGCACAGCCGCAGUUCCAGGGCUGGUAGCGCCAAUCACAAACGGGUUCACCGGGGUGGUGCCUUUCCCAAGCGGCCAUCCCACCUUGGAGACAGUUUACGCCAACGGCCUCGUGCCCUACCCAGCUCAGAGCCCCUCGGUGGCAGAGACCUUGCACCCAGCCUUUACCGGGGUUCAGCAGUAUGCAGCCAUGUAUCCGACCACGACCAUCACCCCGAUAGCCCAGACCAUCCCCCAGCCGCAUCCCAUCCUGCAGCAGCAGCAGCGAGAAGGUCCCGAAGGCUGCAACCUCUUCAUCUACCACCUCCCUCAGGAGUUUGGAGACAACGAGCUGAUGCAAAUGUUCCUGCCCUUUGGCAACAUUAUCUCCUCCAAGGUGUUCAUGGACCGAGCCACCAACCAGAGCAAGUGCUUUGGUUUUGUGAGCUUUGACAACCCGUCCAGUGCCCAGACUGCCAUCCAGGCCAUGAACGGCUUCCAGGUCGGAAUGAAGAGGUUGAAAGUUCAAUUAAAACGACCCAAGGACGCCAGCCACCCCUACUGACAGUGUGUGAAGCCAGGAUUCAGUGCUGCAGCACAGGCAAAGGAACCGUCCAGAGGAAGAACUUCUUCUGCUUCAAGCUGAUUUCAGGAGAGGCCAGUAAAUUUAAGAACUCUUUUGACA